CCGGCGAGAGUUCGGUUGAGAGGGUGUUGGAUGGUGGGGGAGUACCACUGAUGAGAGAGCGGACGAAAGAAGAAGGGACUAUUUUAGCACGCAUUGGAUGAUUAAAACAUUUACCUUGUUGGAUACCGAUAAACACCUGGGCCGGGUUUCUUCAUCUACUGUGUGUGGUGGCCUAGUGUGUUCUGUUUCUGGUCUCCAGCAGCAAUGUCACAGAGGAGUGUGCAGGAGGACCCGGAGCGGUACCUCUUUGUGGACCGCGCCGUGGUCUACAACCCGGCCGCACAGGCUGACUGGACUGCCAAGAGGCUAGUAUGGAUCCCAUCAGAACGCCACGGCUUUGAGGCUGCUAGCGUUCGCGAGGAGCGUGGAGAUGAGGUGGUGGUGGAGCUGGCAGAGAAUGGGAAGAAGGCGGUGGUCAACAAGGAUGACAUCCAGAAGAUGAACCCGCCAAAGUUCAGCAAGGUAGAGGACAUGGCCGAACUCACCUGCCUGAACGAAGCCUCCGUGCUUCACAAUCUCAAAGACCGUUACUACUCUGGCCUCAUCUAUACAUACUCUGGUCUCUUCUGUGUGGUCAUAAAUCCCUACAAAAACCUGCCCAUCUACUCAGACAACAUCAUUGAGAUGUACAGGGGCAAGAAGAGGCACGAAAUGCCCCCUCACAUCUACGCCAUCUCAGAGUCUGCGUACAGAUGCAUGCUACAAGAUCGAGAGGACCAAUCCAUUCUUUGCACCGGUGAGUCAGGAGCUGGCAAGACGGAAAACACAAAAAAGGUCAUUCAGUACUUAGCACAUGUUGCCUCCUCCCACAAAAUAAGAAAAGACCACAACAUUCCUCCAGAAUCACCUAAACCAGUGAAACUACAGGCACAAAAUGCAGUUAGUGGACCCCUGUUUUAUGGUGAAUUGGAGCGUCAACUUUUACAAGCCAACCCCAUCCUUGAGUCUUUUGGGAAUGCUAAGACGGUGAAAAAUGACAACUCGUCACGUUUUGGGAAAUUCAUCCGGAUCAACUUUGAUGUCACCGGAUACAUUGUUGGAGCCAAUAUUGAAACCUACUUACUGGAGAAAUCAAGAGCUAUUCGUCAAGCCAAAGAUGAACGCACCUUCCAUGUUUUCUACCAGCUGCUGGCUGGAGCCGGAGAGCACCUCAAAUCGGACCUGCUUUUGGAAGGAUUCAACAGCUACCGUUUCCUGUCCAACGGUAACAUCCCAAUCCCAGGCCAGCAGGACAAAGACAACUUCCAGGAGACCAUGGAGGCCAUGCACAUCAUGAGCUUCGCCCACGAAGAGAUUCUGGCCAUGUUGAAGGUGGUGUCCUCUGUGCUACAGUUUGGUAACAUUAUCUUUAAGAAGGAGAGGAACUCUGACCAAGCCUCUAUGCCUGAUAACACUGCUGCUCAGAAGCUGUGUCAUCUGCUGGGUAUGAAUGUAAUGGAGUUUACCAGAGCCAUCCUGUCCCCAAGGAUCAAAGUGGGACGAGACUACGUCCAGAAAGCGCAGACUAAAGAGCAGGCUGACUUUGCUGUUGAGGCCUUGGCUAAAGCGACAUAUGAGCGUCUGUUCCGCUGGCUGGUCCAUCGCAUUAACAAAGCUCUGGACAGAACCAAACGGCAGGGUGCCUCCUUCAUCGGCAUCCUGGACAUUGCGGGUUUUGAGAUUUUCCAGCUGAACUCAUUUGAGCAGCUAUGUAUCAACUACACCAAUGAAAAGCUGCAGCAGCUCUUCAACCACACCAUGUUCAUCCUGGAGCAGGAGGAGUACCAGAGGGAGGGCAUUGAGUGGAGCUUCAUCGACUUCGGCCUCGACCUGCAGCCCUGCAUCGACCUCAUUGAGAGGCCGGCGAACCCUCCAGGAGUGUUGGCUCUGCUUGAUGAAGAGUGCUGGUUCCCCAAGGCCACGGACAAGACCUUUGUAGACAAGCUGACCCAGGAGCAGGGCACACACACCAAGUUCCAGAAGCCCCGACAGCUCAAAGAUAAGGCCGACUUCUGCAUCAUCCACUACGCCGGCAAGGUGGACUAUAAGGCAGAUGAGUGGCUAAUGAAGAACAUGGACCCCCUGAAUGACAAUGUGGCCACACUUCUUCAUCAGUCAACUGAUAAAUUUGUGGCUGAACUUUGGAAAGAUGUCGACCGCAUCGUGGGCCUGGACCAGGUGGCAGGAAUGAACGAGACAGCCUUUGGUGCCACCUACAAAACGAAAAAGGGCAUGUUUCGUACAGUUGGACAGCUCUACAAGGAGUCGCUCACCAAGCUCAUGGCCACACUGAGGAACACCAACCCCAACUUCGUCCGCUGCAUCAUCCCCAACCAUGAAAAAAGAGCUGGUAAACUGGAGCCUCACCUGGUUCUGGACCAGCUGAGGUGUAAUGGAGUCCUAGAGGGCAUUCGUAUCUGCAGACAGGGCUUCCCCAACCGCAUCGUCUUCCAGGAGUUCAGACAGAGAUAUGAGAUCCUAACACCCAACGCUAUCCCCAAGGGAUUCAUGGAUGGUAAACAAGCCUGUGAGAGAAUGAUCCGAGCCCUGGAGCUGGACCCGAACCUGUUCCGUAUUGGUCAGAGUAAGAUCUUCUUCAGAACUGGUGUUCUGGCUCACCUGGAGGAGGAGAGAGAUCUGAAGAUCACUGACAUCAUCAUUUACUUCCAGUCUGUGUGCCGUGGAUACUUGGCACGCAAGGCCUUUGCUAAGAAGCAGCAGCAGUUGAGUGCCCUAAAGGUCCUUCAGAGGAACUGUGCUGCUUACUUGAAGCUGCGACACUGGCAGUGGUGGAGGCUCUUCACCAAGGUGAAGCCUCUGCUGCAGGUCACCAGGCAGGAGGAGGAGAUGCAAGCCAAAGACGAGGAGCUGAUAAAAGUGAAGGAGAGACAGCUCAAGGUGGAGAAUGAGCUGGUGGAGAUGGAGAGGAAACACCAACAGCUCAUAGAGGAGAAGAAUAUCCUAGCAGAGCAACUCCACGCGGAGACGGAGCUGUUCGCCGAGGCCGAAGAGAUGAGAGUUCGUCUGCUUUCUAGGAAGCAAGAGUUGGAGGAGAUCCUUCAUGACCUGGAGUCCAGGGUGGAGGAAGAGGAGGAGAGGAACCAGAGCCUGCAGAAUGAGAAGAAGAAGAUGCAGUCACACAUCCAGGACUUGGAGGAGCAGCUCGAUGAGGAGGAAGCUGCAAGGCAGAAGCUGCAACUGGACAAAGUGACAGCUGAGGCGAAGAUCAAGAAAAUGGAGGAGGACAUUCUCCUGCUGGAAGACCAAAACUCCAAGUUCCUCAAGGAGAAGAAGCUGCUGGAGGACAGGAUUGGCGAGAUGACCUCCCAGCUCACGGAGGAGGAGGAGAAAGCAAAGAACCUUGGCAAGAUCAAGAACAAGCAGGAAAUGAUGAUGGUUGACCUGGAGGAGCGUUUAAAGAAGGAGGAGAAAACGCGUCAGGAGCUGGAGAAGGCCAAACGCAAACUGGAUGCUGAGACGACCGACCUGCAGGACCAGAUUGUGGAACUUCAGGCUCAGAUAGAGGAGCUGAAGAUCCAACUGGCCAAAAAGGAGGAGGAGCUGCAGGCUGCUCUGGCCAGGAGUGAUGAGGAGACCGUCCAGAAGAACAACGCCUUGAAGCAGGUUCGGGAGCUGCAGGCCCAGCUAGCUGAGCUUCAGGAGGAUCUGGAGUCGGAGAAGAUGUGUCGAACUAAAGCUGAAAAGCUUAAGAGGGACCUGAGUGAGGAGCUCGAGGCUCUGAAGACAGAGCUCGAGGACACGCUGGAUACUACGGCUGCCCAGCAGGAGCUCAGGUCCAAGCGAGAGCAAGAGGUGGCAGAGCUGAAGAAGGCCAUUGACGAGGAGACCAAAAACCACGAGGCUCAGAUCCAGGAAAUGAGACAGAGGCACGCCACAGCACUGGAAGAAGUGUCCGAACAGCUGGAACAGGCCAAGAGGUUCAAAGCCAACCUGGAGAAGAAUAAGCAGAGUCUGGAAAGUGACAACAAAGAGAUGGCCUGUGAGGUGAAGAGUCUGCAGCAGACAAAGAUGGAGUCAGAACACAAGAGGAAGAAACUGGAGACCCAGCUGCAGGAGUUUAUGACCAGGGCCACCGAGGUAGAGAGGGCCAAGGCAGAGCUGGCUGAACGCUCGCACAAACUCCAGACGGAGCUGGACAAUGUGUCCGCUUUGCUGGAAGAGUCAGAGAAGAAGGGGCUCAAAUUGGCCAAGGAAGUUGACAAACUGAACAGCAAACUGCAAGACUCAGAGGAAUUGCGGCAGGAGGAGACACGUCAGAAGCUGAACCUGAGCGGCCAAAUCCGCCAGCUGGAGGUGGAAAAGAACACCUUGCUGGAGCAGCAGGAGGAGGAUGAGGAAGCACGACGCAACCUGGAGAAACAGCUGCAGACAGUGCAUGCUCAGCUGUUUGAGACAAAGAAGAAGCUCGAGGAGGACGUGGCAUCCAUGGAUGGCCUGGAGGAGGUGAAGAGAAAACUCCAGAAGGACGUGGAGCUGACCAGCCAGCGUCUGGAGGAGAAGACCAUGGCCAUGGACAAGAUGGAGAAGACAAAGAACCGGCUGCAGCAGGAGCUGGACGACCUGAUGGUGGACCUGGACCACCAGAGACAGAUAGUCUCGAACCUCGAAAAGAAACAGAAGAAGUUUGACCAGCUGCUGGCUGAGGAAAAGACCAUCUCGGCUCGUUAUGCUGAGGAGCGUGAUCGUGCGGAGGCUGAGGCCAGAGAGAAGGACACCAAGGCUCUGUCUAUGGCCAGAGCUCUGGAGGAGGCCUUGGAGGCCAAAGAGGAACUGGAGAGGUUCAACAAGCAACUCCGGGCCGAAAUGGAGGAUCUGAUGAGCUCCAAGGAUGACGUUGGGAAGAACGUCCAUGAACUGGAGAAGUCCAAGCGAACGCUGGAGCAACAGGUGGAGGAGAUGAGAACUCAGCUGGAGGAGCUGGAGGAUGAGCUGCAGGCCACAGAGGACGCCAAACUGCGUCUGGAGGUCAACAUGCAGGCCAUGAAGGCCCAGUUCGACCGAGACCUGCAGGCCAGAGAUGAGCAGGGAGAGGAGAAGAAGAGGGCGCUUGUCAAACAGGUGCGUGAGAUGGAAGCAGAGUUGGAGGACGAAAGGAAGCAGAGAACUCUGGCUGUCGCCGCCAAGAAGAAGCUGGAGAUGGAUCUGAACGAGCUGGAGGGACAGAUCGAAGCCGCUAACAAAGGCAGAGACGAGGCUAUUAAACAGCUCCGAAAACUACAGGCUCAGAUGAAGGACUUCCAGAGGGAGCUGGAGGAGGCCAGAGCCUCCAGGGACGAGAUCUUCACCCAGUCCAAGGAAAACGAAAAGAAACUCAAGAGCCUAGAAGCUGAAAUCCUACAGCUACAGGAGGACCACGCAGCGUCGGAGAGGGCCCGUCGACAUGCUGAACAGGAGAGGGACGAGCUGGCUGAUGAGAUCUCCAACAGUGCUUCUGGAAAGUCGUCUCUGCUGGAAGAGAAGAGGAGGCUGGAGGCUCGUAUCGCCCAGCUGGAGGAGGAGCUGGAGGAGGAGCAGGGCAACAUGGAGCUGCUCAACGACCGCUUCAGGAAGUCCACCUUACAGGUCGACGGCCUGAAUGCUGAGUUGGCCGGAGAACGCAGCGCCGCGCAGAAGAGUGAGAACGCUCGGCAGCAGAUGGAGCGGCAGAACAAGGACUUGAAAGCCAAGCUGGCGGAGCUGGAGGGGACCGUCAAGUCAAAGUUUAAGGCUUCCAUAACUGCCCUGGAGGCCAAGAUCCUGCAGCUGGAGGACCAGCUGGAGCAGGAGGCAAAGGAGAGAGCAGCAGCCAACAAAAUCGUCCGUCGUACGGAGAAGAAACUGAAGGAGGUGAUGAUGCAGGUGGAGGAUGAGCGUCGUCAUGCUGACCAGUACAAAGAGCAGAUGGAGAAAGCCAACUCUCGUAUGAAGCAGCUGAAGCGUCAACUGGAGGAGGCAGAAGAGGAGGCCACCCGGGCUAACGCCUCCCGCAGGAAGCUGCAGAGGGAGCUGGACGACGCCACGGAGGCCAGCGAGGGUCUCACCCGGGAGGUCAACUCCCUCAAGAACCGCCUCAGGCGCGGCGGUCCGGUCAGCAGCUUCUCCUCCAGCCGUUCAGGCCGCCGCAACCUCAACCUGGACGGUGCCUCCGCCGAUAUGUCGGACGACGACGCCGACAGCCGCGCCGGCGACUUCAAUGAGAUGCAGACCUCCAACGCCGAGUAGACACAGCAACCCUCCCGUUCCUCGCUUUUCCCCCCCUCUCCCCGCCACUGACCCACUUCACCUUCAUCUCAUCCACCUGUGACCUGCAUCCCCAGUCCAAAAAAAAAAUUUAAAAAAAUCCUCUGCGUUACUAUCGUCUUAAACAUUUCAAAACCACCGACUGGACAGAAGAUUGGAGCAAUGAGCUGUUUUUGGUAAAGAUGAGCGGAGUAAGCCUGGCAGCCCGCCUCUACCCUUUUUGUAUCAGUUAACACUGCAGGGAAAAUCCACCGCCCUCCCCCGACGUAAAGCCUCCAGUCCUGGAGAGUCACAGGGGCAAGUGGACAAUUCUGCCUUACUCUGCCCCCCACUCUGGCAAGCUGCUAGUCCUGGCUCGUCUCUCGGCCAUGUAUUCAUCUCAGCGCCAUAACGUAACACCCCUCCCAUCGGGCGUGAAGAUAUCUAAUCAGCUUAUGGAGAAAGUAUGCAUAGGUGCAAAGUGCUUUUUAUACAUAUGAACCUCUGCGUGUGAUGUUGGUGGAGGUGUACACACAUCAAUUAUGUAAUGUAUGUGAAUGCACUCCAUACUGGAAAUGCAGGAUUACAAGGAAACGUAUUUCACUGUUGUUAUAAGUGUUCUGCUCACUAGUUAAGUAAAAGCCAUCUCAUAGCUGACACACUCCCUCCUUCUCAGUGCUCAGACUGACUGUCCUUUCAAAAUGGAGAAGCCCGAACCCGAGCUCAGUGUGGCCUUUAGACUGCAUGAGGUUCCCUCUGAUGUACAGACUGUUUCUACACUACAGCACUACAGGAAUGACUAACAUCUCGGGACAUGCAAUAGAAAAACAAGGACUCUGAAUUGAAAGUGUAUUACUGUGAAGAAAAAAAAAAAAGGGUAUUUUAUUUUGUCUUCAUCUCAACAUUUAGUGAAGGAAUGUGUAGCUGGGUUAUAACUAGGAAUCCCACAGCGAACCCGUUUUGUGUUUGGCUUUUUAUUGUCCUCUCCUGUGGAUUGUCAUGAGCUGCGAAAGAUGUUUUGAAUUUUUAAACUGGACACCAACAGGGAGCUCUUACUGGAAGCACUGAAGUGGCACUCAGUCCAUGUUUUCAAUGUGACACUAAAAUGGUUACAGCUUAGGUAAAACAUGUCAUCUGAUGUAGAGAAAUCUUCAGUACAUUUCAACAUUUGUGCCUCAGUUUGUAUUAUUACAUUUGAGUCACAGAGCUAAAGCUUCAGUUUUUCUAAACAAAUACCUGCCGAUCUUUGGAAACCCAAAAGAUCCUUUAAUGCCACUAACUGCUGUUGUGAAAGGCAUUUCAAAUCCUCAGACUCUUCAAACCAUUUGGAUUUAAAAUAAAAAAAAAAUUCAUUCUGUUGCACAAUAAAAACGACUUUUUAACAUUUAACUUUUAAGGCAGCAUGGAUGAGAAGUCUUUAAAGUACUCCGAAAAAGUGGAAAUUUAAACGGCUACAGUCCCACGACAACUGCUUUUUCACCAGUUUUCCAAGUUAAGACUAAGUUGUGUGGACCAAGAAGGGAGCUUACCAGACCUCUGUAGCCCACUCCUCCAUAUAGUUGAGGCUACAUUAGCUGCUGCUAGCAUAACACACCAGAAUCUCCCACCCAAAUGGUGUAGUUACAGUGUGGGUAUUGUAGGCGACUUUAUUCUGGACUUGCAUGUCAGGAUGGUUGUCUGCGGCAGACUCCUUUGUCCUGCUCCUGUUAACAGCAUGUUUCUUUAAAAGUGCCUUAGACACUAAAUAAGAACAUAAUGGGCAAACUAUUUCAUCACAAAUGUGAAACAAAACACUAAAUCAGAUGAAGCCAGUACACCAAGAACAUAUUCAACCUUUUCUCCCUCCCUUCCUUUUGUAUUUUUGCUGCGCUUCAUAUCAUAUUCUCUGUGUAACUCUUUGUUCAUAAUAACCUGUUGGGUCAAAAUCAGUAUUCCAGUACAAUAACCACAUGAGAUGCGGAGCCCUCGGCAGCUGCAUUUCCCAAAAUUAUGUUUGUACUAAGAUCUCCUCCUGCCCGUGACCACUCACGGCUGAAGGCUCAGUACUGAAGUUAUUUUAGGAAAUGCGCUGCACGGGAUUUCUUUUGGUUGGAAGCUUUAUCAUCCACAAGUAGUUAACUCAUUUUUUGUUUUUAUCAUCCAGCUGGCUGUUGGCAACCAGGCAUUCAACUGCAAAUACUCCCAUCAUAUUAUUUCUUGUAUACCUGUAUUUCUAGACUGUAACUUUUCUGUUUGUUUUUGUAAAAGGAAAAUAAAGCAUAUUCAUUGUA